CUUUAAUAAGAUGCAGCAUAACAAACUCAUUAACCUGUUGUCGUGAAUGAUUUGUAGUCACGGUGUUGAUAGUCUCAUAUUUGAGAAAUCUUCGUCUUCAGAGUAUGAACCUGAUAUACUUCGAAAUCUUAACUGCAUUUGUUGUUUGACAUCCGUUAUUUUCGACCAAUCCUUGGAGCAUAAUAUCCGUCAACUAUAUGCAAACAAGUAUUUGAACUUUAUUGAGGUCUCCAAUCUUCGCUGUGAAACUAUAAUCUGCAGUGAAAAGUUGCUCGACAAGUCUAUAACUGCUAUUUUAAGGACGAAUUCUACAAAACUUCUUGAGAAAGAUCAAUGUACUUUUACAGUUUUGCAAUGUUUGUUUCUUCUAUCUAGUCCCAAACUAAAGCUUAAGUAUCUGAGUUACACAUACUAUCAGGUUAUCGCAACCAUUGACAAAAGUCAGGAUUACAUUUAUAGCCUUAAGCUGUUUUGCAGUUUAUUGGACAACAUCGCAGCUGCAAAUUCGGCGCUUCCAGAUCUAAUAACAAAUUAUAUUUUCGUAUUAAUUAAUACCAUAUCUUCUUAUCUGGAAUCAUUUUCAAUCUGCUACUUGAAUUGUCUUCUUAAGCACCUUCCAAGAAAGUGUUUUGAGUCAGUAAGGAUCAGUUUCCAGAAAGUUGCGGAGUUGAUCCUGAGAAACAAGAACAGGGACGUUGUGGAAAUCGGACUAGAUUGUUUGUUCAGAUUGUCCCUCUGCAAUAAAAGCUUUGUUGAAAUUUGCAAAUAUAAAGAGCUUCCAGUGGUUUUACGUGCCCUUCUAAAUUCUAAUGAUGAUCAAAUUAAAGAAAUUACAUUUAUAUUCAUUGAACUCCUGGUUGAUAAGUUUAAUGGUGAUGCAACUAAAUUGAUUUGUACAUCUGGUGUUAUUGAACUCCUGUUUGGCAAUAUUUCUUUUAAAAACCCUUGUUUCAGAAAUGUUUUGAAAUGCUUACAAAGAAUAGGCACAGAAGUAGAGCUGAUGUCUUCAAGUUUUGUGCCUCAUGGAAUUAGCCAAAUUGUAAAAGCCAUUGAUUCAAACCAUGACUACGAAAAUGGACUUUUGCCAGUGCUUGUGAAGAUUACAAAUAGUUUUAUAAUGUAUUAUAAUGGCCCAUUGGACCUUUUUAUAUGCCCGUCAAUUUUAGGACAGUUUCUGAAGGCUAUUUCAGAUAUUAUGGAAGAUUGCACAGCACAAUUGGGAAUAUUAGGAAUAACCUGUGUCGCUAAUAUCUUCAGAUAUGAAAGAGAGACAGAAAGUAUGCCACUUAAGGAACUCAACAAAUUUCUAAAUUUCGUCGAACGUUUUGCAAGAAAACAAAUUUAUAAUUCUAGACACCUUAAACAAUCGAAUAAAGAAUGUGUGAUCACAAAGUCAGACAUGAAAAUAGAAGAAAAGUCUUUGUGUAUUUUAUUACCAACUUUGCUGAGUUUGUUAAGGGAGGUGCACGCCUUCUUGUAUACGAAUAAAAAGACCCCGAUAAAAAUACCUGAAGUAAUUAUGGAAAUUGAAUGCUCUCUCUCGUAUAUAUUUUUUUCUGUAGUGAUGAAUUUAGUUUCUCAAUUAAUAUAUAAAAAUGUUACUGUGGAGGAUUUGCUAUCGGUGCUAAGGAUAACGACAAUGUACGCUUAUGGCAUAUGCUCAGACAUUUCAGUUAAGGAGAUUACCAAUAUUUGUGGAGGAAUUUUUGAUCAAUUUCAGACCUUUAAAAACUGUGUUUCAAACGCUCUCAAAGACAAAAUUUGCGAAAGUUUCACUUUGCUUCUUCCACUGUUUUACAAGAUUUGCUUUUUGGUCGGUACUGAGAACGUUAAACCGGCUUUAUUUUCACCUGGCUACCAUACAUUUAACGAUAAAAAGCAGGAGCUCAGCGUCCCGUUUUGUUCCAUGUCUUUCCCGAAAGAAGUUUUGCUAGCUGUGAUAACAAUCAACUCCAGUAUAUAUAACAAUCUUAGUAUUUCGCAUUUAUCAAAGCGUAGACAUUUAACUGACGUCCUAAAGAGAGAUGAGUUUAAAAUUUGGAUUUCUACUUUAGUUCGUGGAUUCAAAUAUUUUACGAGUGUGGAUUUUGAGUACCUUGAAAAAUACAUGGCCUUAAGUAUACGAGGACAAGAAUUCAUUGAUAUUUCUGCUUCAGCAAUAUCCGUUGUAUGCGUCCUUAUCAAUUGUAAUAUCAAACAUAUUAAAAAGCUGCAGAGAUCCCCCUUGGUUGAAGAUGGAGAUCACGAGGCAAAUUCACUUGGGCAUUGUUUUAUUUUCCCAAGCAAAGCUUUAAAGCAAAUAAUUCAGUUUCCGACAAAGGCAGGAGUCAACUUCUUUCUUCUGGUUUCGGUUUUAAUCACCGUAGAAUUUCUCAUCACAUAUAUGUGUUUGCCGAAGUUUCGGAAUGUUUUCGAUAAUUCUGCGAUCAUCGAUGAGUAUAAUAAAGGUUUAGAUAUUUUAUCUUUAGCACUGUUUGAUCGUUUACAGCCCGUACAUACUCUGGUUCUAUUGCGCACUCCACGAUUUUCUACUUACUUAGAAAACUGCAGUCCCUGCUGGAUUAAAAUGGCCCAAAAAAUUAUACUACAGUGUCACAGUGAUGAACUGUUGAUUGAGGAACAAGUAUUUUCACUACUUCCCACAACUUACAUUUUAUUAUCCAAUACUUGGACAGUAUGGUACAACAGUUUGAUGAAGUUUGACAAUGCGGAUGUCCUUCAGCGUUUAGUUCUAACUUUCGAAAUACAAACACUCAGCUUAAAGGAAAAGGAUGGGUCGAUAGAAACUAGUCAUUCUUCUGUUCAGAGAAAACAGUUAGCACUUUAUAUUUGUGAUUGUCUCUCAAUACUGCCAAAUAACCUUCCGGGAUCGUUUUCAGACGUCUUCACUUCUAACUAUGAGCUGAAAUAUGCGUAUGUGAAAAUGCUAAAAGUAACCUGCAUGUUUCUACACGAAGUCUUCCUUUAUUCUCAGUUUGUUAUUAUGGUGGCACAACAAAUUAUUGGACUUUUAGCGAAUGAGCGUUUCGAUCCUAAUUCUUCACUUAGAAAUGAUCUUCUCAAAAUCAUAUUACACCUUUUGAUGAAUUCUGAUGGUAAUACACAAGUACAAAUUGUAAAACUGCUAUGUUCAGAAAUCCAAACCUGGGAAAGUUGUAUUUUCCGCUUUUCGAAAGAGACUUCCGAAGGUUCUGCAGCUAAUCGUUUGAAAAUACAUACUGAGAAGUUUCAAAUCACAGCUGCGGAAUGGGACUCUAUUUUAGGGAUUGGUGCCUCAAUAAAUAUUUGUACAAAACAUUUAUCGGUCAAUCAUGAUAUUGUUGACUCUGUUAGAAGCUUAUUGUUUAUGAAUCCAGAAACGAUUUUAGCAAUUUUGAGUCAUAAUCAAGUAACGAAUGGAUCUCCUUUCAUCGAGAGCAGUGCACUUGUUUGUCUAUUGGAAUCAUUUUACGGACCACUGUCUCAUCUUUUAUGGCCGGAUAUAUCAGAAAACUCGAGCGAAAACUACUACUAUGAACUCUUCAUGUGCUUGAAUACUAAAAUCAUGGACAUAACCCAUAGAUUUACACAAGAAUUGUCAAUCGAAGUGUAUGGUUGUCUGAUUAAAUAUAUCUGUUCAACUACCACAAAACAAUCAUUUAUCAACACGUUCUUAUUGACUAGUCCAUGGAGUAAUAUUAUUCUCGAACACUUACAAAUAGAUGGUUCAGUAAAUAAUGCUGAAAAAUUUUCAUCAUCUUUCCUUGCUUUCGCCAAUGUGCUACUAUCCACGAAAUGUCCUUCAAUUUGUUCAGUUUUAAAUAAAAAUCAGUUGCGAGAAUUAUUACUAGCUUAUAUACAUGAUGAGGGUUUGUACGACUCAAUUACCAAGACUUAUUUAGGAAGUAUAUCUCUAAAGAUUGCUUCCCCAGAUUUUGAAGUUCUAGAUUCCAGGGAGCGAUUAUGCUUAGAAAUUAUGGUUGCAUCGAACAAUUUGCAACCUACUCUCAGUAUCUCGAAUCGAUUUAAUUUGUUUUAUAAAAAAAUAUUUUGUUUAUGAACAUUGAGACUUAUGAGUUUGCUUGUUAUAUGGCCUUAAGGACUAAAUUAUUGGUAAAUAAAACGUAUUUCUCGGCAAUCC